ACACUUGAAAUGGACAGAUGUUAUACUUCUUGCUUUGUUUCACAUAAGAACAAGACCUGGAACUGAUAUGCAUGUAUCACUAUUUGAAAUGCUGUAUUGUCAACCAUUCUGGCAUGGUAGGACAGUAAAGCCAUCAUAUCUGUCCAAGUUAAGAGGGGGAAUGUGUACAUUAUGAAUAUUUAAAGCAAAUACAGGAUAGGCUGGACAAAUGAAGAAAAUUAGGAUUACUUGUGCAAAAAAUACCAUUAGAUUUUUUCAUUGCAUAAGAUAAAUCCAGGAUAAAGAUAAAUAAAAUAACAUCUGCAACAAAUAGCCCUAACAAUAGUUAACAGCAGUCUCUAUAAAUGGAAAGCUAUGAAAGAGAAAACAUAAAGAACACACAUGAAAGCGUUGCACAUUUUAAUAUGGAGGAAAAACACAAGAGUACAAAUUAAAACAGAAACAAGCACAGCAAAAGCAAAAUGGAAUAGCAACAGACAGAAAAAGAAAUACAUACACAUUAGAAUUAGCUCCAAUGAAAAAUUGUCUCUACCAAAGUAGCUGCUAACAAUUGCAACAAGUAAAAUGCAGCAAAAUUACUUAACUAGGAAUACAUGACUCUAUGAAAUACUUUAUAUAUUGUCAAAGAAGCAUGAAUAUAAAGGACAGAAAAAGCUUAGGCCGGAUCAUAUCAGUCAAAAGGAACAUUCCAUUUGGAAUGUUACCGGGAAAAACAGUUGAAGCUAAGUCAAGGGCUGAGAGCCUUUUGGACUGGCCGGUGUGGCUGAUAGUGGUGAAGAAGCUAAUUGUGUCUCUGGACUUGAAUGAAUUAAAUUGGAGGUUACCUGCUGGUUGGAAGAAGGGAAGACAGUGGGUUGUCCUCCUAUCUCUCUGAUUGCCUUUGAUUCACAUAGAGUGGCUGGAUGGCCAUUUCCCCAAUAUUCUCCAAACCAAGGCUCCCUGUAGUAUUCUAGAAUAGGGGGAAACCCCAUCCCUCUUACCUUGUCCUCCAUCCUUUCCGGUCUUCCCCAAUAAACCCUCACUUGAGUUAAAGAAAAGAGUAUUUACUCUAAAGCAUCAUAGUUCACACUGAGUGAAACUGAAGAAUGGGGGAGAAGAAGCUGAAAGGCUUCUGAAGAGGGUCUGGGCGCAGCAUCACCCCAGUGCGCUCUUGCAGGGGGUGGGGGCCGCCGAGGUCUGUCUCUGGAACUGGACGCCAGGAGCUGUCCGGGAGCUUUCAGCCCUUUUCUGUGGUUGCCCGCGACCUGCUCUUCGUCUUCUUGUUCCUGUGCUCCUGGCUCAGGCUUUGGGUACAAGUCUCUCAUCUCAGCCUAAGCAGAGGCCGCCUGGGCCAAUGUCCCACCCCCUCCGCUCCCCUCCCCUCCUCUCCUCUUCUUUGACCUCCCAGGGAGGGGUUUGAGAAGGGAGCAGGAGUUAGAGGAGGGAGCAGGGGGCGGGGGAGGGGAAAGAGGGAGAGGGGCGAAAGCGGGAGCCUGAGAAAGGAGGAAAGAGUGGAAAAGGGCGGAGAAGAGGAGGAGGCUGGGAGAAAGGAGGAGAGAAAGCAGGGAAGCGGGGAGGAUGCCGGGAAGAAGGAAACCGCGUGAUGGCCGGGGACAGGCUCCAGGAAGCCUCACUGGGCAGACGGGGGUUUCCUUGACAGGAUACGGAGAAAGGGAGCCCGACACCGGAAAAGGCCCGGCUGGACUGGCCCAGGAACCCCCUUCGGGCCUCCUCCCGGCGUCUUCCUGACUGGCUUCGGGAAGCAGCGCCAGAGAAAGACCCCUUCGGGCACGAGAGCCCACGUGGAGAUCGGUCUGCUACCCAGAAUGCCCCGCGCGGUGCCCUCGGGCCCCCCUCCUGCCUCGCACAAAGCGGGAAUGCAGAGACCCCAAGGAAAGCGCAGCGCCCCGAGCUGUGUUAGGAGAGAGAAGAGCUGGGAACUGGGGACGCCGGAGGCCCCGGGAAAGCCCGGAGACCGGAGCGCCCUACAGUGAGCGGGCGAGCACAGGCUCCAGCGGCCCAAAGACCCACGGGGGAGGGGCGGGGGACUCAAAAGGAGGGAAGAGUAGACAGGGGGCGGGCCAGCCGCACCGCGCAAUCUAGCCCUUGAACCAGCGGCGCAGAGGCCUCCGGGAACCCGGAAGUAAAGGGAGCCUGGAGUGCCCGGGAUGGCCUUGGAGAGGGACAGACUUGCAGCCCAGGUGACCUUUAAGGAUGUGGCUGUGGACUUCACAAGAGAGGAGUGGCGCCUCUUGUCCCCACCCCAGAAGGAGCUGUACAAGGAGGUGAUGCUGGAGAAUACCUGGAACCUGCUCUCUGUGGGGCUUCUAGCUCCCCCAGAAGACGUGAUCUCUUCUUUGGAGCAGAGGGAAGCCCCGUGGAUGCUGGGGCAAGAAGGUUUGAGGAGCUGCUGCCCUGAAGGAGAGAUUAGACCUGAAUUGGAGGCGAAUCCAUCAGAGAUGAGCCCUUUUGUGGAAGAAAUGGAACAAAGAUUCAUGAGUGAUGGUCCCAAUAAGUUUGCUUUCAGAGAAUUCUGUGUUGCACCUCAAAAACUAUCUCAUAUUGAACAUCAAAGAAUGCACACUGAGGAAAAAUCUAGUGUAAUUAGUGAGUGUCGAAAAACUUUUAUGCACAGGGCCAGUCUUGCUAGACAACAGAGAAUCCACACUAAAGAGAGAACCUAUGAAUGCAAGGAAUGUGAAAAGACAUUCAGUCGGAGCUCCAGUCUUGUUGAACAUCAGAGAAUCCACACUGGAGAGAAACCUUAUAAAUGCAGUCAUUGUGGAAAGACAUUCAGCCAGAGAUCCACUUGUGCUGUACAUCAGAGAAUCCAUACUGGAGAGAGACCUUAUGAGUGCAACCAGUGUGGAAAGGCAUUCAGUUGUAGAUCUGCUCUUGCUGUACAUCAGAGAAUCCACACAGGGGAGAAACCUUAUGAAUGCAACCAGUGUGGAAAAACAUUCAGUCGUAGUGACAGACUUGCUGUACAUCAGAGAACUCACACUGGUGAGAAACCUUAUGAAUGCAACCAGUGUGAAAAGACAUUCAAUCGGAACUCCAGUCUUGCCAUACAUCAGAGAAUCCACACUGCUGAAAAGCCUUAUGAAUGCAAGCAGUGUGGAAAGACAUUCAGACAGAGCUGCAUUCUUGCUGCACAUCAGAGAAUCCACACUGGUGAGAAACCAUAUGAAUGCAACCAGUGUGGAAAGAAAUUUAAUCGGAACUCCAGUCUUGCCAUACACCAAAGAAUUCAUACUGGGGAGAAACCUUAUGAAUGCAAGCAGUGUGGAAAGACAUUUAGAGAGAGUUCCGCUCUUACUGUACAUCAGAGAAUUCACAAUGGGCAGAAACCUCAUGAAUGUAAGCAGUGUGGAAAAACAUUCACAAAUAACUCCAAUCUUUCUGUACAUCAAAGAAUCCACACUGGGGAGAAACCUUAUGAAUGCAAGCAGUGUGAAAUGACAUUCAGACAGAGCUCUAGUCUUGUUGCACAUCAGAGAAUCCACACUGGGGAGAAACCUUAUGAAUGCAACCAGUGUGCAAAGACAUUCAGAAAGAGCUCCAGUCUUGUUGCCCAUCAGAGAAUCCACACUGGGGAGAAACUUUAUGAAUGCAUGCAGUGUUCAAAGACAUUCAGAAAGAGCUCCAGUCUUUCUGUACAUCAAAGAAUCCACACUGGGGAGAAACCUUAUGAAUGCAAGCAGUGUGAAAUGACAUUCAGACAGAGCUCCAAUCUUGCCAUACAUCAGAGGAUCCACACUGGUGAGAAGCCUUAUGAAUGUAAGCAGUGUGGAAAGACAUUCAGACAGAGCUCCAUUCUUGCUGCACAUCAGAGAAUCCACACUAGGGAGAAACCUUAUGAAUGCAAGCAGUGUGAAAUGACAUUCAGAGAAAGCUCCAGUCUUGCCAUACAUCAGAGAAUCCACACUGGGGAGAAACCCUAUGAAUGCAAGCAGUGUGGAAAGAAAUUCAGACAGCGCUCUACUCUUGCUGCACAUCAGAGAAUCCACACUGGGGAGAAACCUUAUGAAUGCAACCAGUGUGGAAAGAUAUUCAGUCAUAGCUCCAGUCUCAUUGCACAUCAGAGAAUCCACACUGGGGAGAAACCUUAUGAAUGCAUGCAGUGUUCAAAGACAUUUAGAAAGAGCUCCAGUCUUACUGCACAUCAGAGAAUCCACACUAGGGAGAAACCUUAUGAAUGCAAGCAGUGUGAAAUGAAAUUCAGACAGAGCUCCAAUCUUACCAUACACCAGAUGAUCCACACUGGUGAGAAGCCUUUAUGAAUGUAAGCAGUGUGCAAAGACAUUCAGACAGAGCUCCAUUCUUGCUGCACAUCAGAGAAUCCACACUGAGGAGAAACCUUAUGAAUGCAAGCAGUGUGAAAUGACAUUCAGGUAGUUCUCCAGUCUUGCCAUACAUCAGAGAAUCCACACUGGGGAGAAACCCUAUGAAUGAAAGCAGUGUGGAAAGAUAUUCAGUGAUUCAGAAUGAGCUCCCAUCUUUCUGUACAUCAGAGAAGCCAUACUGUGGAGUAACCUUACGAAUAUAAUUAAUAAGUAAAUACAUCUCAAAAAUAUAA